AAAUUGCCUCCCUUUUUUUUAUUUUUACUUUUCGACCUUUUCUUUUCUGUCUUUCCCCAGCUGCUUGACCCUUAUUUUUCUUACAUUACUUACUAUGAUCAACCGACCCAAUAACGUCAUUUAUCAUCAACGCGUUUUCCAAGGUCAACCUCACACGCCUCUUUGGCUGAAAGGUCCGCGAGACAGAUUUUUUGCCACUAUCGUGUUUGCUGGUAUCGGUGUUGGUUUAACUGGAGCCUUCUAUGGAGCUUUCAAAAUGAUCAGAGGUGAAAAAUAAUCUUGGUCUUUUCGUCAAGUAUAACAUACCAUCCAUCAUCCGUCGAACCAUAUACAUAUAUACACAAAAAAGGAUCGAUUGCACAUCAAUAUGAAACCUCCUCAAGUAGAGCGAAAAUAAAUAAAUAAAAAGCGGGGAAAAAGAGCCGUUUCUUUGUUUGAAAAAAAUGGCUAUCGUUCGAUAUCGACCUUUUUUAUUUUUUUACUUGGGGGGGAAG